AUGGCUUGCGAGCGUUCUUCUGUUUCUUUGCCAUUGAUUACGAGAUCUCACUCGGACAUUUUGCUGGAAGACUGUUCAGAUAUAGAAUAUUCUCAGCUACUGGAACAGUUUUUGAAUAACGAAAUUCAGAAGACGAAAGAUCAUCAAUCCGAGGAGAGGUUUGCUAUUCACAAAGCAUGUAUGGGCAAAUUAAUUGAACGUCUGCCAGGAUACAGGCUACUACUGACUGCAAUUCAGUCUGAAUAUGAGAGUUUUUCUGAGGCUCUUCAACGUGGAGAAACUGAGGGUUUAUAUUUGGAAAGCAAAUUAAUAAACUUAAAAGGAGAAAAAGGAACUUUAAGAAAUUAUAAAGACAGAAUUGCUGACCUUUGCCACAAACUGAAGCUAAUUGAAAUAGACAACACAAGAAUUGAAGAGCAAAUCCUAGAUUUCAAGCGUAAGAGAGAAGAGGAGAAAGCUGAACGAUUGAAGCUUGCUCUCGAGACUGGUGCAGUGCGGCACAAGAUGACGUCCAAACAGCGAUGUCUUCUUCUUAGACAUUUGACAUUGGAACAGUCUACUAACAUAGACACACUAAGAAAUGAGCUAGCUGUAUUGGAAGCUUCUGUUCAAGAAAUGCAAAUGAGCAGCAACAAACAGUUUCUCCCUAGAGCUCAUAAAGAAAAACUGGAAGAAGAUCUAAAAUCAAGAGAGAAAGUUUAUGAGAAAGUUGGUGAAACUCAUGAAGAUCUCAAGUCGAGACUUCACAACUUGAAAGCCGCUCUUCUAGCCACAACAUCAUAUUGUAACUCUACUGUGGAAACAAGGAGUUUAGCUGACGUUGUGGAGCUUGCUUUAGCUGGAAGGAACUACAAAAUGCCCCAAGUCAGUACAAGAACAUCAAUUAUCCCUGCACCUUCGUCUCUUGAUGAAGAUUUAGCUAAAGAGAGAGAAACUCAGAAGAUGUUGGACUAUAUGGACAAAUUCAAUGAGCUCAUGACAGAUAGAAGGUAUGAGAAAGCAGCAGUUCAUGCAGCUAAUUCCCCCAAGGGUACUCUGCGCACGUCAGAGACACUGCAGCAAUUUAAAGCAGUGAGUCACACGAAUACUAGUGGAUCACCAUUGCUGUUCUAUUGUGAAACUCUGAUGGCCACAAUUGAACCUCACAACGACAAACCAAAUAUAUCAGAUUCACUGGAAUGUGCUCAAUGUAUCCUUCAACAUGGGAAAUUAGACCUUCUAGCUCAAUGGUUGGCCGCAGAUUCACUGACGUGUUCCGUUCCACUUGGCAGAGCAAUUGAAAAUUCCAUAAAUGAGGUUGCACAACGAAGGUUGUGCUUCUCAUUGGCUCAAACUGUCUACACGAGAUGUGCAGCUCACAGAGAAGCUGCACUCAGUAUGUGUAGACAGGGUCGUCCUUUUGGCGCAAUGAGAUAUGCACAAGAAGUGGCUAAUUUUCAGCAAGAAGACUUCCAAUUUCUUCUUGAAACCGUAAGAACCUCUGAAUUGGCACUCACUUUAAUCCACACUUGUCCACCAGUUCUCAGCCUAGAUUCAAUACUAACAGCUCUGCAGCAAGACCAAGACAAUCUUGUUGCUUUCUACAAGGAGCUUGCUUGUCAUCCCAACUUGCAUCAGCUUGUUUGUACUGAUUCUCAAACUUCUCAAGAAAGAUGGUUAGAAAUUGUUCAUCAAUGUCAAGAGCUUGAUCUUCAAACACAGAGUGAGGCCAUUAUGUUAAUUGUGUCUGCUAAACAAUCUUAGCAAUACAAUGAGGAGCUGAAUCAUCAUGUGGGCGUGACAUCAUUCCUAUAGACCUUGUGAUUGAUCAUGUCAAUACAAGAUGUCUUCAUUGUUUUAGCUCAUAUAACUCUUUGCAUAUCAAGGGCACUGUAUGAUGAUGUAGAAACAAACAUAGAAGUACAAAACAGAUAAGUAAGCAUCCAAUAAUUAUAUCAAGGUUAGUUGUCUAUCAAUGUUAGUUGUACAGUGAUA